AUGGAUGAUAUUGCUGAUAGGAUGAGGAUGGACGCUGGAGAAGUAACUUUAGUGAACCACAACUCCAUAUUCAAAACCCAUCUCCUGUCACAAACAGGUUUUCCAGAGGACCAGCUUUCACUUUCUGACCAUCAGAUAUUAUCUUCCCGGCAAGGAAAUUUGGACGGAUCUUAUACAUGUUCUACAAGAAGUGCAGCUUAUAGUUCAAAUUAUUAUUCAGAUAAACCUUCCUCAGACAGUUUUCUUGGCUCAGGAGACGUAAGAACCUUUGGCCAGAGUGCAAAUGGCCAGUGGAGAAAUUCUACCCCAGCAUCAGGUGCAGCUUCACAAAAAUCAAGAAACAGCCGAAGUCUUUACCUCGAAACCCGAAAGACCUCAAGUGGAUUAUCAAACAGUUUUACAGGAAAGUCAAACCAUCACUGCCAUAUGUCUGCAUAUGAAAAAUCUUUUCCUAUUAAAUCUGUUCCAAGUCCAUCUUGGAGUGGUUCAUGUCGUCGAAACCUUUUGAGCCCCAAGAAAACUCAGAGGCGACAUGUUAGCACAGCAGAAGAGACAGUUCAAGAAGAAGAAAGAGAGAUUUACAGACAGCUGCUACAGAUGGUCACAGGGAAACAGUUUUCUGUAGCCAAACCCACCACACAUUUUCCUUUACACCUAUCUCGAUGUCUUAAUUCCAGUAGGAAUACCUUACAAGACACACUGUUUCAAAAUGGAAACUCUUGUGCAGCUCAGAUUAUUGGCUCUGAUACUUCAUCUUCUGGAUCUGCCAGCAUUUUAACUACCCACGAACAGCCUUCUCAUAGUGGAUAUCCUUUAUCGUCUUAUACGCCAGAUAUUUCAUCCAGAUCCAAAGAUGAUCUACUCCAUCAACUCCAACAUCACCACUCUCUUCCACAUCAGCCAGAUAACUUGUCAGCUUCAGAAACACAAUCCAAAGGAUCAGACUCUGUGAUUUUACUCAAAGUGCAAGAUCCCCAGACUCCAGCUCCCAGUCCUAAUUUUUUCCAGGCAGAGUUGUGGAUCAAAGAAUUAACUAGUGUUUAUGAUUCUCGAGCACGGGAAAGAUGGCGCCAGAUUGAAGAACAAAAAGCACUGGCAUUACAGCUUCAAAACCAGAGAUUGCAGGAACAGGAACAUUCAGUACAUGAUUCAGUAGAAUUGCGUCUUCGUGUACCUCUUGAAAAGGAGAUCCCUGUCACAAUUGCUCAAGAAACAGAAAAAAAAGGUCGUAAAUUAACUGAUAGUGAAGAUGAAUUUCCUGAAAUCACAGAGGAAAUGGAGAAGGAGAUUAAGAAUGUAUUUCGUAAUGGGAACCAGGAUGAAGUUCUUAGUGAAGCAUUCCGUUUGACCAUUACACGCAAAGAUAUUCAAACUCUAAACCAUCUGAAUUGGCUCAAUGAUGAGAUCAUCAAUUUCUACAUGAAUAUGCUGAUGGAGCGAAGUAAAGAUAAGGGAUUGCCAAGUGUACAUGCAUUUAAUACCUUUUUUUUUACUAAGUUAAAAACAGCUGGUUACCAGGCUGUGAAACGAUGGACAAAGAAAGUGGAUGUAUUUUCGGUUGACAUCCUUUUGGUGCCCAUUCACCUGGGAGUGCACUGGUGUCUUGCUGUUGUGGACUUUAGAAAGAAGAAUAUUACCUAUUACGACUCCAUGGGUGGGAUAAACAACGAAGCCUGCAGAAUUCUUUUACAAUACCUAAAGCAGGAGAGCAUUGACAAGAAAAGGAAAGAGUUUGACACCAAUGGCUGGCAGCUCUUCAGCAAGAAAAGCCAGGAAAUUCCACAGCAGAUGAAUGGAAGUGAUUGUGGGAUGUUUGCCUGCAAAUAUGCUGACUGCAUUACCAAAGACAGACCAAUCAACUUCACACAGCAACACAUGCCAUACUUCCGGAAGCGGAUGGUCUGGGAGAUUCUCCACCGAAAGCUCUUGUGA